CUGCUGACAAUACAGUUGAAGGUAAAUGAAUUUAGGCAGGCAAAGUCAGAGCUUAAUAUAGAAGUCACGCUUUCUGCUAACAGUACCUUGUUUUGUUUAGAGUAUGAAGGAUCUGGGACAGAAGUUCAGAGAAAACACUCAAAAUGUGGAGUUUGCAAAUAUAGGGCUGAGUGUGAUGAAGAUGCAGAAAAUGUUGGGUGCGUAUGCAAUAUAGACUGCAGUGGAUACAGUUUUAAUCCUGUCUGUGCUUCUGAUGGAAGUUCUUAUAACAACCCCUGCUUUGUUAGAGAAGCAUCCUGUCUGAGGCAAGAGCAGAUAGACAUCAGGCAUCUUGGACACUGCUCAGAAGCAGAUGACACAAACGCAGUUGGAAAGAAAGACGACGGCAUGCAGUAUCGGCCAGAGGUGAAAGACGCCAGUGAUCAAAGAGAAGACAUUUAUAUUGGUAACCACAUACCUUGUUCAGAAAGCUUUAAUGGCUACUGUAUACAUGGAAAAUGUGAAUUCAUUUAUUCCACUCAGAAGGCUUCCUGCCGGUGUGAAUCAGGAUAUACUGGACAGCACUGUGAAAAGACAGACUUUAGUAUUCUUUAUGUUGUCCCAAGUAGACAAAAGCUUACGCAUGUCCUUAUUGCAGCAAUAAUUGGAGCCGUACAGAUUGCCAUUAUAGUUGCAAUUGUCAUGUGCAUAACAAGAAAAUGCCCCAAAAACAAUAGAGGACGUCGGCAGAAGCAAAACCUAGGCCAUUUUACUUCAGAUACAUCAUCCAGAAUGGUUUAACUUAGUGAUUUUUAUACCUACAUUGACCAUGUGAUGUACAUUUUUAUUAUAUCUUUUUUUAAAGAAUGGAAAUAUUUAUUUCAGAGGCCUUAUUUUUGAACAUUUUUAGUGUAACAAUGUUGGUCUGUAUUCUGAAAGCAUCAGCUCUAACAGCUAUGGACUGUUUUAGUACCUUUGCUUUUCUGUUUUUGAAUACAGUAGUUCAUUUUCUGUAUCUGUAUCACAUGGUUAUAUAAUAGACUUGUGCUUUAUUCAUGGAAUGUAAUAUUUUUGGGAACACAGAUUUAUUCCACCAAUGGUUGUAGAUUUAAAAGGGAACAAAAAAAACAAACACAAAACAACCAACAAUAAAAAGUCCACAUUACCUAGCAAACAAGGCAUGAACUAAAGGUAAAAAUGUUUACAGCUUACUUUUCUUAUGAGAAACUAGAAAACACUGUGUUUAAAUACCGUAGAUAUUUAAAUGUUUUUGAAAGUUAGUAACUGAUUUUUUAGACACUGCCUAUCGCAUGAACUGUGAAGCUGUGUGCUGUGUGUAGUUGUAACAUAUUUAUGAAACGUGGGCUGGGUCAAAGCACUGCCAUCUUCAUUAAUGAUUCCGACAAUUUAUUUUUAAAGGGCAAAAUUAUGAAUUUCUUAAUUUGGGAAGUUGCCUGGUAGAGCAGAUGGCACAGGUCCAAAAGAAGUAGGUCUUGGUAGAUUUAGGGGUUGUAAAGAUUGGUGUUGAAUAAUUGAACACAAAUAAUUGGAAUAAAGCCUGCUUUAUCACUACUGAAGCUGUUUUAAUACUUCUUAAACUUUUUUAAAGAAAAUACAUGUUUUAACACCUACGAUGCAGAUUGUAUAGUGUUUGUGAUUCAAAUAAAUAAUAAUUUAAAAAAAUACAAAAAAGAACAAAUAAAAGUGAAUGAAUUACUA